AUGGCGACGACGUCACCCCAAAUCGAUCCAAAGAACAUCGACUUCGUUCGCUACGAGGACGAGGACACGCACAUGCCCCUGGUGAGCGCUCUGUGCGAUGCCGAGCUGAGCGAGCCCUACUCCAUCUUUGUCCUCAGAUAUUUCGUCAACAACUGGCCCGAGCUGUGCUUCAUGGCGAUGGAUCGCACGACGUCGCAGUGUUUGGGAGUGAUUGUGUGUAAGCUGGAGAAGCAUCGAGAGAUGAUGCGCGGGUACGUCGCGAUGUUGGUGGUUGAUAAGAAGGCGCGAAAGGCGCGUCUGGGGAGCGAGCUGACGAAGCGCGCGUUGGCGGCGAUGCAAGCGAAGGGCGCGGAUGAGUGCGUUUUAGAGGCGGAGACGACGAACGAGGGGGCUUUGAGGUUGUAUCAAUCCUUGGGUUUCAUCAGAGAUAAGCGAUUGUCGAGGUAUUACCUGAGCGGGACGGAUGCGUAUCGGUUGAAGCUGUUGUUUCCGCUCCCGUCGCAGGUCGACGGGGACGGACAUCUCCAGGACCUCGUGGAGGGGAUAGAAAAGUUGUAG